AUGAAGAAAGCGGUGGUCAACGUGCGAUCCGACGACGAGGCGUGUUUCGCGUGGUCGGUGGUCGCCGCUCUGUAUCCCGUAGAUAAGCACUGCGAGAGAAGCUCGCGAUAUCCGCAUUACUCCGAGGUGUUGAAUCUGGAGGGCUCGAAGUUACCUAUGACUCUGAACGGAAUCGGACGGUUCGAGCGUCUGAACGAUAUAUUGGUGAACGUGUACACCGUCGGAGAGAGACGACGCGGGAAGGAUGGUGGCGGUGGAAUUCGCAUCGUCCCUCUUCGUCUGACGGAUCGAAAGAGGGAGAGACACGUCAAUCUGCUGUAUCUGAGCGAUGCGACGCGCGAGGGUAACGCGGUCGGACAUUUCGCCUGUAUCCGAAAUCUGUCUCGUCUGAUCAGCUCGCAGUUGAGCAAGCGACAGCACAGGACGCACGUGUGCGAUCGAUGCAUGCAUUACUUUCGCACGAGCGAGAAGCUGUCGGAGCACAGCGAGGAUUGCGGCAAGCUAAACGAUUGCGCGAUCGUUCUUCCCGGCGAGGACGACAGAGUUCACAGCGUGGCCUAUUAUACGCGUUGCUCCUUCGACGACGCCGCGUCGGCGUACGGAUCUUAUCGCGGCGAGGAUUGCGUCGCGUGGUUCGUGCGCGAGUUGCGCGAUCUGGCGCUUCGCGCGAAGGUCGCCCUCGACGCCGUGGUACCGAUGGCGGAUCUGACGCCGGACGAGCGGGAGAUAUUCGCGAGCGCGUCGCGCUGUUACGCGUGCGAGAGAUCGUUCGAGAUCGAUGACGCUCGCGUACGCGAUCAUUGUCACUUGAUCGGCCGCUUCAGAGAUCCGGCGCAUUCCGCGUGUAAUUUGAAUUACAAGGACCCCUACGUCAUACCCGUAUUCUUUCACAAUCUAUCGGGUUACGACGCGCACUUCAUUAUCAAGAAUGUGGCUAACGCGUAUCUCGGCAGCGUCGAGUUAUUGCCGGUGACGAAGAAAUCGUACAUAGCUUUCUCGAAGACCGUUCGAGAUACCGCGGCGGCGGAGGGAGACUGGGGAAACGCCGCGCGUUCCAGAUACGUCAAAUUACGAUUCGUGGACUCGUUCAAGUUUUUAGGCGCCGGUCUCGAUAAGCUGGCGUCGUAUCUCGACGAGAGCAAACUGAUGAUCGCGCGAGGCGAGUUUCGCGAUCUCUCCGACGACGACUUCCGGCUUCUCACGCGCAAGGGCGUGUUUCCGUACGAGUACGUCGACAGCGUCGAGAGAUUGCGGGAGACGCGUCUCCCGCCGCGCGAGUCCUUCUACAGUUCUCUGACCGGCGAGUACAGCGAUCUCUAUCUGAAGACCGAUGUUCUUCUGCUCGCGGACGUGUUCGAAAAUUUUCGCACCGCUUGUUUGGAGAGUUACGGUUUAGAUCCCGCGUACUACUUCACGCUGCCGGGAUACACGUGGGACGCGAUGCUUAAGUACACGGGAGUUCGCUUCGAGCUGCUCACCGAUAUCGAUAUGAUGAUGUUCGUGGAACGCGGAAUACGCGGAGGUCUGAGUCAGUGCUCCAACAGAUAUGCUCGCGCUAACAACAAGUACAUGAGCGCGUACGAUCCGUCGCGACCGUCGAUCUAUCUGAUGUAUCUCGAUAUCAACAAUCUGUACGGUUGGGCGAUGUGUCAGCCGUUACCGUACGAGCGAUUCGAGUGGGUCGACGACCUCAAGAGUCUCGACGUGAUGUCCGUGACGGAGGACUCGACCAUCGGCUACAUUCUCGAGGUCGAUCUCGACUAUCCGGCCGACGCGCACGACGCCCACGCCGAUUUACCGUUUUGUCCCACGCGCGAUAAGCCGCCGGGAAAGCGGCAGAGCAAACUAUUAGCUACGCUGUACGAUAAGCGCCGAUACGUCACGCACUAUCGCAAUCUGCAGCAGUGCGUUCGUCACGGUCUGCGUCUGACGAAGAUUCAUCGCGCGCUGCGCUUCUCGCAGUCGCCGUGGUUACGCGGAUACGUGGAACUUAACACGCGCUUACGCACUAACGUGAGUAACGAUUUCGAGAAGAAUUUGUACAAGUUGAUAAACAACGCCGUCUUCGGCAAGACCAUGGAGAACGUGCGCAAUCGCGUGGACGUUCGACUCGCGACUCGAUGGGACGGUCGAUUCGGAGCCGAGGCGCUCAUCUCCAAGCCGAAUUUUCACAGUAGAAGCGUAUUCUCGGAGAAUCUCAUGGCCGUGGAAUUGCGCAAAUUGGAGGCGAAGAUCGACAAACCGAUCUACGUAGGCAUGUCCAUUCUCGAUAUAUCCAAGAUUCGUCUGUACGCGUUUCACUACGAAUACAUGUCGCCGCUCUACGGCGAUAAGUGUAAAAUAUUGUACACCGACACGGACAGACUCAUUUAUAGCAUAGAGUUCGAGGACGCGUACGAGCGAAUGAAGCGCGACAAUCCCUACGGCAUGCCGCGCGCGAAUAAGAAGGUUCUCGGUCUGAUGAAGGACGAGAACAACAGCGCUCUCAUGAUCGAGUUCGUCGGACUCAGAGCGAAGAUGUACACGUUGCGAGUCGAGGGUAGGUGCGACACUAAGAAGAGCAAGGGCGUGAGGAGCAGCGUCGCGAGAACGCUGACGUUCGACGAUUACGAGCGCUGUGUGAGACGCGAGGUCGAGAUGACUCGCGAGCAAUCGUGCCUGAGAUCCAAGUUACACGAGGUGUACACCGUGCGCGAGUCGAAGGUCGCGCUCAGUCCGUACGACGAUAAGCGCUACGUCGUGCCAGAUUCGCCCGACACUCUGCCGUGGGAGCACUACAGGACACCUCUGUGA